AUGGAAUUCCAUCUUCACGAUGAGGCCCCUCCGGUCUCAACAGCGCCAACCGAGUACGGAGACCAAUCCGGCGAGGAAUUUGAAGCAUAUAGCGAAAAGCCAACCCUCGGCGUCCCAGAUAACAACGUCCGUGAAGCCACCAGUGCCGAAACCCUUGCUGUCCACGGUAGCCCACAUAUCACCCCACCUCCUGGCAGAGAUGCAGAAUGGAGUAUGACAGACCAAGUCAUUCGGAACAAAGAGCGUUCAGAAGCCGCAGGCUACAAGAAGCGUGAGCUGGGUGUAACAUGGCAGAACCUCACCGUCGAAGUUCUGGCCGCCGAGGCUGCAGUCAAGGAGAACCAGUUCACUCAGUAUAAUGUCAUUCAGCUCAUUCAGGACUGGCGCCGGAAGCCACCACUCAAGCCAAUCCUGCAGGACAGCCAUGGCUGUGUUAAACCAGGUGAAAUGUUGCUCGUUUUGGGUCGGCCGGGCUCGGGAUGCACUACGCUUCUUAAGAUGCUCGCCAACCGGCGCGAGGGAUACCACUCUGUGCAUGGGGAUGUGUCUUUUGGAAACAUGAAUUCGGAGGAAGCAUCCCACUACCGGGGUCAGAUUGUUAUGAAUACCGAGGAAGAGCUUUUUUAUCCCCGUCUAACUGUUGGGCAAACCAUGGAUUUUGCAACUAAACUCAAGGUCCCGGCACAUCUUCCCGCUGAAGCCAAAUCUGUCCACGAUUAUGUUGCCGAGACGAAACAGUUUCUGUUAGAGUCUAUGAAGAUUGCACACACUGCCGAUACCAAGGUUGGCAAUGAAUUUGUUCGCGGUGUAUCAGGUGGUGAGAGAAAAAGAGUUUCUAUUAUCGAAUGCAUGGCCACCAAUGGUUCCGUUUUCACCUGGGACAACAGCACUCGAGGCCUUGAUGCAAGCACAGCCUUGGAAUGGGCUAAGGCCCUCAGAGCAAUGACCAAUGUGAUGGGACUUUCGACUAUUGUGACCCUCUACCAGGCUGGAAACGGUAUUUACAACCUUUUUGAUAAAGUCUUAGUGCUGGACGAAGGAAAACAGAUUUACUAUGGCCCAGCUGCUGCUGCCAAGCCAUUCAUGCAAGAUCUUGCUUUGUUUACUCCGACGGCGCCAAUAUUGGUAUGCUGCUCACCUUCUAGAGACCCUAUUUGCGUUGGACAUCUACUGAUCGAUAUUCUAGGUGACUAUUUGACGGGUGUGACUGUUCCUACCGAGCGAAAAAUCCGACCCGGAUAUGAAAACCGAUUCCCAAAGAAUGCCGAGGCGAUUCUAGCAGAAUACCAGCGAUCCACGUUAUACCAGAAUAUGGUUAGGGAAUAUGAUUAUCCUCGGUCUGACGCUGCUCGUCAGCGGACGGAAGAGUUCAAGGAGUCUGUGGCCUGGGAAAAAGCAAAGCACCUUCCGAAUAGUAGCACGCUCACCGUUGGCUUUUGGGAUCAGCUAAUCGCUUGUACCAUUCGCCAAUACCAGAUUUUGUGGGGUGAGAAGUCUACGUUCCUGAUAAAACAGGUCCUGUCGGUUGUCAUGGCUCUCAUCGCUGGAUCUUGUUUCUACGGCUCCCCUGACACAACCGCUGGUUUAUUCACAAAGGGUGGUGCCGUCUUCUUUGCACUCUUGUACAACUGUAUUGUUGCCAUGUCUGAAGUCACCGAGUCCUUCAAAGGCCGUCCUGUGCUGGUUAAGCACAAGUCUUUUGCUAUGUAUCACCCGUCCGCCUUCUGUCUCGCACAGAUUACCGCCGAUCUUCCUGUUCUUCUGGUCCAAUGCACACUCUUUGCCAUUGUGAUUUACUGGAUGACGGGUCUGAAACAUACUGCAGCCGCAUUUUUCACCUUCUGGGCCAUUCUGUUCACCACCACCUUGUGUAUCACAGCUCUGUUCAGAUGUAUUGGCGCUGCCUUUAGUACAUUCGAAGCUGCGUCCAAGAUCUCGGGAACUGCCGUCAAGGGCAUUGUCAUGUAUGCCGGUUAUAUGAUCCCCAAAGGACACAUCAAGAACUGGUUCCUUGAGUUGUACUACACGAACCCAUUUGCCUAUGCGUUCCAAGCGGCUCUAUCGAACGAAUUCCACGGGCAAACUAUUCCGUGCGUCGGAAAUAACCUUGUGCCCAGUGGGCCGGGCUAUGAAAAUGUCAGCUCCGCCAACAAGGCCUGUACAGGUGUGGGAGGUGCUCUUCCCGGGGCAGACUACGUUACGGGCGACCAAUAUCUCCUUUCCCUUCAUUAUAAACACUCGCAACUGUGGAGAAACUAUGGUGUUCUCUGGGGCUGGUGGGGAUUCUUCGCCGUGGUCACGAUCAUUUGUACCUCUUUCUGGAAGGGUGGAGCCGGGGCCGGGGCUUCUCUCCUUAUCCCUCGGGAGAAGCUCAAAUCCCAUCGUGCCCAUCUGGAUGCAGAGGCGCAGAAGGAGAAAGACCCCGUACGCGAAAAAGGCUCUGGCGAUGCGCUGACCUCCGUUGAUGAGGGGAAUCUGACCCACAAUACAUCUAUAUUCACCUGGAAGAACCUUACAUACACGGUUAAUACCCCUACUGGCGACCGGGUUCUAUUGGACAAUAUCCAUGGAUGGGUUAAGCCUGGUAUGUUAGGCGCGUUGAUGGGGUCUUCCGGUGCAGGAAAAACAACGUUACUUGACGUGCUUGCCCAGCGCAAAACCGAAGGUACAAUCAAGGGUUCAAUUAUGGUUGAUGGCCGUGAGCUGCCUGUAUCAUUCCAAAGAAUGGCAGGCUACUGCGAGCAGUUGGAUGUCCAUGAGCCAUUCGCAACUGUCCGAGAGGCAUUGGAAUUUUCCGCACUGCUCAGGCAAUCUAGAGACAUUCCCAGAGAAGAAAAGCUCAAGUACGUUGAUACUAUUAUUGAUCUACUUGAGCUUCACGAUCUGGCAGAUACCCUCAUUGGAACAGUCGGCAAUGGGCUUAGUGUUGAACAGAGAAAGCGUGUCACUAUCGGAGUGGAGCUGGUAUCGAAGCCCAGUAUCCUAAUCUUCUUGGACGAACCCACGUCUGGUUUAGAUGGACAGUCAGCCUAUAACACAGUCAGAUUCCUUCGGAAGCUUGCCGACGUCGGUCAGGCCGUGCUUGUGACAAUUCACCAGCCCUCCGCCCAGCUCUUCGCGCAGUUCGAUACUCUACUCCUGCUUGCUAGGGGCGGAAAGACGGUGUAUUUCGGAGAUAUUGGUGAUAACGGUGCUGCCAUCAAGCAAUACUUUGGCAAGUAUGGUGCUUCGUGUCCGAUUGAGGCGAACCCUGCUGAGUUCAUGAUUGAUGUGGUGACCGGGGGUAUCGAAGAGGUAAAAGAUAAGGACUGGCAUCAGAUCUGGCUGGAGUCUCCUGAACAUGAACACAUGAUGGUUGAGCUCGAUCAUUUGAUUUCUGACGCCGCUGCGAAGCCCCCUGGAACUCACGAUGAUGGCUAUGAGUUCUCGAUGCCCAUGUGGGAUCAAGUCAAGAUUGUCACCCACCGCAUGAAUGUCGCACUAUUCCGGAAUACCAACUACGUCAAUAACAAGUUCUCAUUGCAUAUUAUUUCUGCGCUGCUCAACGGAUUCUCCUUCUGGCACACUGGCCCCAGUGUAUCAGCCCUGAACUUGAAGAUGUUCACGAUCUUCAACUUUGUAUUCGUUGCGCCUGGUGUCAUUAACCAACUUCAGCCGUUAUUUAUACAGCGCCGUGAUAUCUAUGACGCUCGUGAAAAGAAGUCCAAGAUGUAUUCAUGGGUUGCCUUCGUUACCGGAUUGAUUGUCUCCGAGUUUCCCUAUCUUUGCGUCUGUGCCGUUCUUUAUUUUGCCUGCUGGUAUUACUGUGUGAGACUGCCUUGGGCCUCUAACCGGUCCGGCGCCACGUUCUUUAUCAUGCUCAUCUAUGAGUUUAUCUAUACUGGUAUCGGCCAGUUCGUUGCAGCCUACGCCCCAAACCCGACCUUCGCCGCUCUUGUCAACCCCCUGAUCAUCAGCACACUCACCUUGAUGUGCGGCAUUUUCGUGCCCUACGGCCAGUUAACCGUGUUCUGGAGGUACUGGAUGUACUAUCUGAACCCGUUCAACUACGUUACCUCGGGAAUGCUAGUGUUUGGCAUAUGGGGCUCAAAGGUGACCUGCAACGAAGAUGAAUUUGCGAUUUUUGACCCGGUCAACGGCACCUGCGGCGAUUAUCUCGCCGACUACAUGGCUGGCAGCGGCUGGAAGAUCAACCUGACCAACCCCGACGCUACAUCUGGCUGCAGGGUCUGCGAGUACCGCAGUGGCAGUGACUUUCUGACUACCCUCAACAUCAACCACUACUACUACGGCUGGAGAGACGCCGGUAUUUCCGUCAUCUUCGCGAUCAGUGGAUAUGCUUUGGUCUUUGCCUUGAUGAAGCUGAGGACCAAGGCCUCGAAGAAGGCUGAAUAG